AUGCCAUCGUAUUUUCGUAUCUAUGGUGCCAGUCCAAUACGUAUUCGCAUCCAUGUUUAUGUAUUAUUUUUUUUCAUUUGUGUACAAUAUCGUUAUACAUUUACUCUUGGUGAAAUUCAGAAAUCAGUUUUUAUGUUUCGAGAGCCAAGUGUUACAAAUGUUAAAUUGGAUAUGUAUAACAAUAUUCCAUAUGAAGAUUGCCGAUGUAAUGUUGUACCUGUCGAAUCUUGUCUUACUGAUGAAGAACU